UUGUUUGCUUCUGAGUCCUUGCUAUCUGCAAUAAUCUAGAAAUAUUUAAAUUUCUGUGUUAUUUUAUUUUGCAUGUUUACAAUAAAUGGUUGAGUUGUACUAGUUUUUUGUGAAUGGGUUUUCUUUUGUUAUUUCCUCCUAUGAUUGUGCCUUUUCAUUUCACAAAAUGCUGCAUCUAGCAUUAAAUCAUGGUAAGUGAAUGCAGCUCAUCCGACUUCUUUAUCAUCUCAUGAUUAGAGAAAAUUGAUAUUAGUUGUCAUGUAAUCCAGAAACCUUUAAAACGUAAUGAUGGCUACUUAACUUAUUUGCUAGUUAACAUGAGAGUAUACACUAGAAGAUAUUUCUAAUUUGUUUGUUGUCCUACUAUCAACUGCAACUUACCAAGAUAAACAACAACAACAACAACAACAACAAUAUUAUUAUUAUUAAGGUAUAAAGAAAUCACCACUCUGGCUGCUAGCAGCACCCUUCCCUUUCUACUUUUGGUUACACACUAGUGCCAUUUUGUACUACAGAAAUCUUUUAAAUUACAGAUUUUGUGAAAUGAUUCUAUUGAAUUGCACUGUUUCUAUUCAUUACAAACCCUUGUGAACGGUUUAAAUUACAGAAUCCUUUAUGCUCCUCUUAGUAGUGCUUCUAACCCUGUUUUAACAAUGGCUUAGUAUUUGAUUUUUUACUGACAAAUUUACUUAAAUAUACAAUUUGCAGGUUCAGACUAGAGCCAUGUCUUUGCAAAGGUAUAUUUGCUCAAGGGAGGAUAUCUUAAACUAUGCUACCAAGUUGCUAAAGGUCUGCAAAGUGGCUCCCAUUCCAGGUGAGACCAAGUUCCGGUUUCUGGAGCAACUACUUGUCGUCCAUGGGCACUGGUGCUAUAAGAGGAUUACCCAAAUGGUAACUUUCACUUUAUGUUGGGUCAUCAAGAGAAAUGAUCUAGGACAGAGAACCAUCUAUCUUCAGGGUGAAUCCAAAUCCAAGAGUAGCAUUUCUUCUUCCAUGGAUGACCUCGCUCCAAGAUUCUCAACAGAUGUCUUAAGAACCUCUGAAGAAAGUGCAUCUCAAGCAAGAACUAUGUUAAAUGGAAGUACUGAUUCAACACUGAUCAGUUCAAGUUCUGAAGUUAGUACUGGGAUAGAGCUACAGCCAACCAUGACCGAGAUUGAUCAAACAAGCCCCUUGUUCUUGAGCUAUCUAGCUUCAGACACUCUGAAGUUAAUGUCAGAUGGAGAGAUCCUGCAUGCUGCUUCUUUUCACGAGUUACUGGACACAAGUAGAGAAUUUCAAGACCUGGUCAAUGCACACAAAGGCACUGUUGGUUCUGAAAGGCUCGCUGAGGUCGUUUCUCCCUUGAGAUGUGAAACUGCCAAAAGAGAGAUUAAGAAAGCGUCUACUGUGAAACAACAGAAAACAGAUAAUGCACCAGCAGUAGAUCAGCUAAUUAAAGAAGAGGAGAGAGAAACUGGAGAUACUGGUCUGAAGCCAUACUUAACAAUACCUGAAUCAGAGCAAAGGCUACUUGUAUUUCUCCUUGGCAGGCCUAUGCCAUCUCAUGUUUGUGGCUGGACAGAUUACACAAAACUCUUGGAUGGCUGCUAACAAAUCACACAAACUCAGGAAGAAAAUGCCGCUUCUCUUAUAUUAAAAUAGAAGUCUCUAAUGUUUCUCUGUUUGUUUUGAGUUUUCAAGUCUCUUGGACUGAGGGAGAAAACCAAUCUCUGUUUUUCCUCUUUCUUUUUCUUUUCUUUCUGUUUUUUCAUGUUUUAUGGAUUGGGAUUCCAAGUCUAUUUGACUGAGAAUUGAAGACUCUUUCAGGGUUUUCUUGGGUUAUAUUUGAGAGGAAAAACCCAUUAAAAUAUUGUAGCUAAUGUUGUGGA